CAUGGCAAAAAGAAUGCCUAAGACGACUGACAAAAACUUUCUACAAGGAUAUCUCGAUUGUUGCCAUAAUCCCACAUGGAAUGUGUUUCUUUCUCUGCUUCUCGAUAUUCUUUCAGGUUAACAGAUUCUUAAAAUCUCGCAAAAAGCACUUGACCUGCCUCCACGUUCUUUCUGUCUGACGAUCAUUUAUCUUAUUACUAGACAAAACAUUUGUUUCUCAGUCACGUUAACACAGGCUAGUUUGUUAUCCCGGAAAAUGAUCGUGGAGAAGAAACGUCUGCUAAAAUAAAAUAAAUGUCACCGACGGUCGAUUAAUUUUUCGCAUUCUGCUUACAACAUCCCGUUACCUGCACGUGUAUACUCUUUCAGCAUCUUGCACAAUUACCCGCAUCCAGGGGAACCAGCUGUUGUUUUCAUAGGAUUUUCUUUGUCGAAAAAGUUACGUUUCCCUUUUGAAGCGGCAAACAUUUGUCAAUUUUAUACGUAAAGCCAAACUGCGUUUCUUAUUAAUUUCUUAGUUUCAUUGCAACAAGUACACGAAUUCACGUUGGUCCAAGCAAUUCGAAGAACAACGUUCGCAACAUCGUUACUGUUUACGCAGAUUCGUCUUCUCUUUCGGCGGCACACUUUUGGCAUUAAGAGAAAUAAAUAAAUUAAUAUUACGAAUUAAACGACAAUUAAAAAAAAAAAGGAAAAAAGAAAAGAAGAAAACGCGACGCAGGUGGAAACGGGCACUCUGUGUCUGGCUUCGAGGACGUGAAAGUCGCACAGGUAGAUUCGCUUCGCUGAAGAAGCUGCAGACGAGGAAGAAGGUAGCGGACGAAAGAGAGAAAGAGGAACGAGCGAAUGUUAAAGACGCGCGAGGUCGCGAGUUGGGAUGAAGUUCGGGAAGAGCGGUGUCCCGAAAGGAUCGAAAGGUAGGUCGAGGUAAAGCCGGUCCAUCAAAUUGGAAAAGAAAGAGAAAGAAGAAGGAACGAGUUGAAGAAGGCGAGUCAGAUGGAAGAAAGAAGGAACAGGAUGGAGAGAGAAAUUUUGAUGAAGAGAGGGGAGAACAGGAGUCGAGUGGACGGUAGAGCCGAGCAUGGUGGAAACGAGAAACGAAGACGUGACGUAUAUACUUUAGAAGAGUGUAGUAUAGUGCACCAUGGUGUAGUAUGGCAUAGUUAAAGUGGGAGAAACCGUGUAUGACCGUCCUCACGGUAAGCCAGUCCCGUGUGAACGACCGUGAAGCGAACCUCGAAUGAAACUCGAACGAAACACGAUCGAACCUUGAGGGUUUUCGUUCGAUCGGCUCCAGGUUCCACUUUCUUUUAACAAGUGUCGACCGAACGAAUUGCUCGACCGGUAAAACAAAUCGUCGCUCGGAUCUACGAUAAAAGAUACGUUAGAAAUUAGUAGUCCAGUGAUUAGAAAGUCAGAUAAUACUGUCAGCGAGUGUAAAUUCUGUGCAUAAGGUCUGUCCAAACGGAUUUGUGCGAUCGAACAUCGAUUGUGUGUGAGAGGUCAGUGGCGGUUCUCGUGAUACUAGGUGAAGUGAUCGACGGAGACUGCGUAAGAAUCAUGUAAGAAAAAGAAAAAAAAAAAAGAAAAAAAUAGCGAAGGAAAGGUAGGACACGGUAUAAAAGAAAAGCAUGUUCAUUAUGAAAAAUAUAAAAAAUAAUCGUAUGCCGUUUAAAGUCGCGUAAAACUCGUAUCCCGAUUUCGAGGUCGUCGAGCGUUUCUAAAAUCCAAUUUCAAGUGAAACUUUCUGUCUAAUAAGGACACGCCGGUAUAUCUUCGUGCGACAUCAGCCCGCAUCGCGAGUCAUGGUGAAAUAUUAGCUCGAUAUAAGCGGAAAGUAACGAGAAAUCUGGAUAGAAGACGUGGUCGAUGUGUAAAAAGUAGUGAAAAUAAGGUGACGGUCCGAAGACAUACUACGUUGGCCGAAAAGCUGACGCGUACACCGGACCUAUCGGCGGCCAAGUAGGUCAACCGGCGUGCGCGAGAGUGCGAGACCGAAUAAAAGAGAAGAAAAAAGUCAUCGGGGGAAGGAUAAGACGAGGAAAGGAAAGAAUGGUGAGACGGGGGCAUUAAAGUUUCCACGAUGCCCGACGUUUUUACUUGGCAUAGGCUUGGAAACCAAAAUGGCGGCGAUCGGUUGGUACCGUGGCACGUUUCGCGACGAUAAAGACUGGUCCAGCCACCAACACUCUUGAAGAGGUCCUUCAAAGUGUCCUUGACAUUAAACCUGACCUUGAUCAGGACAAGCAACCGCGGCACAUUUCCACCGCAAACACGCCAAAGGAAUCAGGAUGGUAGGGCACGUGGGAUCCAAGGUCCUAGCGAUCUUGUCCAUCCAAAUAUUAUUAGGUGUCUCGGCUAUCCGGAACGAUCCAACGUCGUCUCGUUCCUCCCAAGACGAUAUAAUUCUCAGUGCCAGUGCCUACACGGGACCAGAAAGAACCUCAAGUGUAUUCCAUCGUGAUGGAUCGCCGACUUUCCAAAAAACUGUUCCAGCAUUUCAACUGGAAAGCUCAAAGAGCGUCGAUAACUACGAUAAAGACGAUAUAAGAUUCGAGGUCAGAAAUACUAGGCACGAGGAAUCCAUUGAUGAACUGACUUCUUCGAAACACGUGGACCAUAUCGAUGGAAACAACAUCGAAGUUAAACCCGGUGAAUAUUACCACAUAUCUCCAACGACCAGCGAAUCCAUGUCGGGGGAAGGACUAGGGGCUCCGCAGGAACCAAAACUCUUGUCGGAGCCCCAUCAACUGACCGGAGUGUCAAACCAACAGGCACAGUACUUGCAGGCAAUAGAUCAACAAAGACGAGCUCGCCAAGAGAUUCCGAGGAUUUAUAGCGACCACGCUCCACCACCUAUUCUGCAGACUGCUUCUCCUGGUUAUCGGCAAGCAAAUCCUGAUAUACAGGACAUUAUCACGGGUAUUGUCAAAUUGUUGAAUGGAAACGUGAACGUUGCUGCCAACACGGUGAGACCUUUGAGGCCGAUUCAGGCUACCAGGAUUAAUAACAGAGGGCCACCGAGAAUUUCCGAUGUUCCACCAUUACCACCUGAUUUUGACACACCUGGAAUGAACCCACCCCCGCCGCCUGAUCAUCCUUAUCCUUUCGAAAAGCCACCAGCGCCUGACAGACCACUGAUUAAUCAACUACCACCUGAACGUCCAAUUAGACCUUUCGUAAAUGGAGUUCCAUUACCAGAACAGAUUGUUCCCCAAGGAAAUCGCCCAUGGACCUGGAAUCGUCCUGGUGGAAAUAGACGACCAAUUCCUCCCUACAAACCGCUACCACCAUCGACGAAUUCCACUUUGAAUCGGGAGAAGGAACAAGACGACAAGACCUCGGAUAAACCGCAUACGGACCUGAAACCUGAACUUUCGUCGCUGGAAGAAUCCUCCACGAAACAGGCGGAAACAGAUCAGACUGAAGCUUCUACGAACGCUUUGGAGCAUAUAACAAACAGUCAAGAAGAGAACAGUAAACAAAAAGUUAAAACGGAAUCGAAGACCACGGAAAGACCAAUCUAUAAGAACACGACGAGAAAUGCGGAACCUGAACACUCUGCCAAAAAAGAAACUAAACAUCAAGUUCCAUCUAAAGCAAAUACGACAUCUACGAUUCAGUCUAGUGACAAAACGAGUUUCACGAAGCACGUAGAUUCUCCAAAACCCGUGAUACCACUGGAUGUUUCAAUUAAACCUACGAAGGCUUCGAAGAUCAACGACUCUCAAGGAUCUAGUUCCAUUACGAACAACGAGAAGCCUAACAAUAAAGCGAAUAUUUCCAAAACAUCGACGAAAUUUUAUUCUACGUCAACGUUAAAUAUCGAAACCAUCUCGUCGGUUCAGGUAAUCGAACCAACACCCACGAAGCCGGUCGUUCAAUCGACUCCAAUUCCCACGAAUAAUGAUUCGAGUAAUACUGCAAGUGUAUCGAGUACAGUAAUUUUGGAACCGAGCAAGAUGUCUGAAUCAGAAAGCACAAUCGCUUCGAGCGUUCCAACUCCGACUGAGAAUUUACCUUCGUCUUUCACCAAGACCCCGCCGGCCAUUGAGAAAAGUGUAGUUCAUUCGGCCUCGAAUACGUUCUCGAAGAGUUCAGCCCCUACGGAUCGCUACGCUUACAGACCCAGACCAGGGAUCGUCCUCGACGAUACCUUGGAUUACACAGGAACUCAAGGGCUGGCUACUCAACGACCUUACGCACCACCAAGACAUCCACCUCUCGGUGAUAUUUUUGAUGUCACGGUCUCGGCUAUUCAAGGUCCAGGUGGUGGAGGUUCAGGAGAGGGUGUUAGAGUACCAGUAAAUGGAGGAAACGCGGACGUGAUCCUAACUUCCGCGAUAGAGGGCCAAGGAUUCGUUAGCAUCGACGGGAAGAGAACGUACUUAAAUCUAUUCGAAAGUUCUGAUCGAACCUCGACACACGCGCAGACGCAACCUCAGCCCACUAGAACUCAACCACCCUCCAUUGUUGGCACAGGAUUUGCAGUUGCACAGCCGGAUCCACCGACAGCAACUCCACGACCCAGCGCACCUAUUCGAAGACCGACGUUUCAUAGAAGACCAACUCAGCCUCCGGUUAGAAUCGACACUUGUAUCGUGGGUGACACGAGCACUUGUGACAUCAGUCAGCACGAGGCCUGUGCCACUGUUCAAGGAGUAUCUGCGUGCCACUGUAAGCCAGGAUAUGCGAGGUUGCAGCAUUCUUUACCAUGCAAAAAAAUUAUAAGUAUCGUGGUAUCAAUCAGAGUGGAUAAGAUUUACGAUAGAAAAGUGGUGUGGGAUCGAGGAUUUACCGAUAGAGAUUCUGAGCCCUAUCAGACAUUGGCCUACGAAGCAAAUCGAGCUAUCGAAUCUGCUAUGUCGAUGACGCCAUUUUCGGACGAGUAUAUGGGCUCCUUCAUAAAUGGAUUAUAUCAAGGGGAUGUGAGCCAGGGGCAAGGGGGUGUCUUUGUGAAUGCAACCUUGAAACUCACUUAUGAGCCAAGAACAAUUAGACCAAGCUUAGCAGGGGAGCUACAGAGACAUCUGCUCGGUGUUAUUCACAGAAGAAGCAAUAAUAUAGGGAACAGCGCCCUUUACGUUGACAGCCCACCUGGAUCUAUAUCAAAUUUACAAGACUUGGACGAGUGUGCGUCGUCAGAGUUGAACGAUUGUCAUUCUUCGGCGGUUUGUACAAAUAAUUGGGGUGGGUUUACUUGCACUUGUAACCCUGGAUUGAAAGAUCCUCAUAAGGAUGAUCCUAAUGAAUCCGGUAGAACAUGUAUUUCGUGUGCUUCGACUUAUUGCAACAAUCGUGGGUCGUGCUCUUACCAGGGUGACCACAUGCAAUGCACGUGUUCUGGUAAUUACUAUGGUACCCAAUGUGAAGUCGAUGGAGAGGUUUUGGGAGUAGCGAUAGGAGCGUCUGUAGCAGCUUUAAUAAUCAUAGUCCUGACUUUAGUAUGUCUGAUCAUGUGGAGUCGAAGGUGGUCGCGUGAACAGAAAUCGGUCGGCUCGCCAGUCUACGGUUACAUUCAGGGUGGAAUACCCGGUACCCUACCGGGAACCUUAGCAAGGGUCGGUUCUGUAGGUACUCUUGCUUCCGUGAAACAAGGGCCACCGACCAACUUGCCACCCUACAUGUGGGCACACUUUGGCGACCACAUGGCGACUGCCAAUGUAUAUGCUACGGAACCUAUGGGCCCAACUCGACCAAGUUCCGCUGUGUUCGGUUAUCCACCUCUCAAUAUCCAUGGAACAUUGCCACCAGUACCAUUGCCACGACUCCAAGCUCCGACAAGACCACGACAAAGACAUCAGCCAGAUCCAGAUAGCUCGGAUUCCGAGCCGCAAGAUAAGGACAGGGCUGAUCUAAUUCCGCAGAAUAGUGGUUUUCAUGUUCCCAGGCCAAAGUCCAGGUCAUCGUUGGCGGUGAAUAUUCGUUUUUCCAAUAUGUCAUUUUCCACGCUCGGAUGCUUUGAAUACUCAAUGAUGCUUCUAUUUUUAGAAUCAAAGCGGAAUCUACAACGACGUGGAAUACGACCAAGGUGAUGUUCACCAUUUAUCGAAAAACAAUAUCCCGAUGUCUACUUACAGGCCGUACUAUCGAACGUGAAAUCCCGGAAAAAAACCUAGUUGUAUGUAUAUUGGUAAGGACGCUUGUACCGUGAGAAACGAGAACAAAGGGAACAGAUUUAUCUAGAUAUUUUAAUCGACGUUCUAAUUUAUACCAAUUGUUUCAAUAAAACGAAAAGAAUAUUAAUCGUUGGGAAACGAGAACAUAAGAGAAUGAAAUCAAUGCACCUACUUACGUUCGUAUCAUUGAUCGCAUCAAUGUAAGUCAAUCUGAGCAACUACUUAACUUCUAUUUACAUGUCUGUUAUUCUAUAAAUAUUUAUUGUACUAGUAUUAUCCUCGAAAUACUUCGUAGAAGUCUAAAAAAAUAUAUUCAGGCUGUUUUUUAACGACCUAAGAAAAGAAGGGUGUAUAACGAACGAUUGGCAUGAAAACCAUUGCCCCUUGCUAUUAUGUAGUUAAUACUUGUAUCACGUUUUAGUUAUUUAUAUUACACGAUAGAGCGACAACUAUGAACGAAAAUGCGAUGCAAUUUGACACCCAGAAAAUGUUCAAUCUUAUUAAAUUACAAUAACAAUUUCGCUUGUUUGCUGUGCGUCAUACUGCAAUCCCCAUUUUCUAAAAUAAUUAUCACUGAACUGUUGACAGCAACAUUGCAUGUAUGUAAUUAAUUACACUUACACAAACUUAAAAAGUUUGCCAGUAAUUAAGCAAUCUUAAACGUAGAAAUUGCAUUGCAAACAGUAAGAUUUCCUUACGAAACGAGCUGAAACGUAAGGGCGGUAUACUGAAUAAGUAUAUACAAAUAGGACAGUAUACUCAACAAUGCGUUCAUUGCGUUGCGGGGUGCUAAUACCAUAAUUCAAUAUGUAACUUUUGUAAUUAUAUAUUAUAUAUUUUUGCAAAUUGAAUACAGUAUACAUUUGAAAAUUUGCGCGUCAUUGCCUCUUUUUUUUUUUAAUUCUCCGAUGCCUACCGUACAAUUCUUCUUCAACGGUGUAAUACCAUACAUAAUAAACGUAAUAAACGUACGCCGGAAAUACUAUGCGCAUACUGAGCAAAAUCUUUGUUACAGAUAAUUUCAAUAAACACCAAAUAUCUUGACAAAGCAUGUUAAACAGAGAGAAUGGAAAAUUCGAUUAUGCUGAAAAAAGUUUGUUAAGAAAUGUUCCA